AUUGUCUUCAGUCAUGUUUUAAUUAUAGCGUGAUCUUACCCCGUUGAUAGAUUAUGAAAUGUUUGAGUUCUGCAUUUUUAUUACAUUUGCAAGUUGUUAUGCUCAAGACGAUGGAGUAUACGUUCAGGAUAAUUCUGGAGCUUACGUUCCUACUGGUGAUGAAGGUCGAUACAUUCCAGAUGAUUCUGGAAAGUAUAUUCCAGAUUAUAGUGGAUUAUAUCACCAUGAUGGGACUGGAAGGUACGUCAACGAUGGAAGUGGAAAGUAUGACAGCAGCAGAAAUGGAAAAUAUCCACAUUAUUUAAGUAAACACACUGGAAGAAAAUCGAUAUACUUCAGUAACCUAGAGACUGCUGGAACAGUUUUGAGCAAAAAUAUUGUUAAACCCAAACUUACUUCCUCAGCUAAUACCAACAGAAAUUUUAGAAAUCUUAGAAAGAAUGAACAUUUUGAUAAUGGUAAAUGGAAAAUUAUUCGUCAAAUAAACCAUAAUGACAUUAAAGGAUACCACUGGGAGUUUGAAACUGAAAAUAAAAUAAAUGCUGAGGAAUUUGCAAAAUUUGACAUGACAGAGAGUGAUCAAGAGGCACUUAAAACAAAUGGAUACUUUAGUUACACUGGCCCAGACGAUAUGGUCUAUUCUAUUAUGUACACUGCAGAUGAAAAGGGAUUUAUUCCAAAAGGAGAUCACUUACCUAUUUCACUACAAAAAGCUCUUGCACAAAUAUCUUCAAUAAAGAAUUAGAGUUACUAUUUUUAGGAGUAAAACCAAAAAAAUAGAAUUAACGUCUAGUGUAAAUGAUAAUUUAUUUUUUGUGUAUGUACAUAAUAUUAACAAAAUUAAUGAUUUACAAUUUAGAUUAUAUAAGUAACUCUUUGUAUGUAUUCAACUAAAACUUUUUCUUAAACUUAUCAUUUAUAUGAAAUUUAUUAUGUAUGAACAGAUUUCGAAUAUAAGUUUAUAUGGUACAAGUUGGAGACUUUAACUGGAAUAAAUUCGCUACCAGGGACCUGAAUACUAUACACCUUUUGAACAACUAAAUCUGUAAAUCCUUACGUAAUUGGAAAAAAGCUAGAAGUGCCUGA